AUGCUUAUUUUUUCUUCUUUUGUUGCAGCUUCGGCAUUGCAGUGUUACAAAUGCGAAAACUGUCAAGGAGCCCCCAGUAGUUGGGAAAAAAGUGUAUGUGGAAGCAGUGGUACUUCAAUACCAGCAAACAAUGAAUGGGCUUGCUUGAAACUCUUCUACAAGGACAGAGUAAGUUACAAAGACGCAGAAUCAAGGAAGUGUGUUUUGGCAGAGAAAAAGAACGGAAAACUGACAUAUAACUGUCCAACCACUCAAGGCGAACCUUCAAGCUGUCCAGUAUGUCAAACAGAUCUGUGUAAUUCCGGUACAAGAAUCAACUUCAGUUUGGUAGCAGUUGCGACCGUCAUAUUAGCUAUUAUUGCACCAAAGAUUUUUGACAAGCCUGGAGACCUAUCUGAAUUUCCCACUUGUAAAGCAAAGAAAGUAUACCGAUGUAGAAAUGUAAAGAUACAAGAUAUUCAUUGGUUCCACAGACACUUAUAUUUCACCAGUGAUAAGAAUAGGACAGUUUUGGAAGGUGAUACUGAUAUAACUUUAUCAGAAUCAUCAACUGUAUCAGUAGGGUCAACGAGUACUACAAGUAUUAGUGUGUUUACUUCCUUGAGACAGCCCACAGUUACACAGUCAAUGAAGAAAAUCUCAUCUUAUUCAGAUGGUGGUCCCCAUAAUGUGAAACUGACUGAGGCUAUUGUCAAGUUUAUUGUAAAAGACAAUAUGCCCUUUAGUAUAGUUGAAGGAAAGGGUUUUGUUAGUUUAAUGAAACAAGCAGCUCCUUUGUACAAAGUACCCAGUAGAAAUACAAUAAAAAACCACGUUGAUGUAAAAUAUGAGUCAGCAUCUACUGCAUUAAAGCAAAUUUUAAACAAUGUGCAGUCAAUUACUAUAACAACUGACACAUGGACUGCUGAUAUGCAAACUAAAAGCUUCCUGGGUAUUACUAUACACUUCAUUUGUGACUUAAAAUUAAUUUCUUGUACUAUUGGGGUUACUGAACUAACCGAGUCUCAUACAGCAGCAUAUAUUGGAUCCCAAUUAAUUGAAAUUUUAAAUACUUGGGGAAUUAAUCUUGAAAUUGUAGUUGCUGUCGUAACAGAUAAUGCUGCAAAUAUUGUCAAAGCAGUUCAUGACAAAUUUGGAAAAGUAAAGCAUGUUCCAUGCUUUGCCCACACGCUCAAUCUUCUGUGUGAAAACAGUAUUAAAAAUACGCAAGGUCUAAAUGAUCUUAUUGAAAAAGUUCGAUUAAUUGUCGUUUAUUUUAAAAGAAGUGUAAAAGCAACGGAUCUACUUCGAAAAAUACAGAGGGAUGCAGGGACACCUGAAGGCAAAUUUAAAAAAAAAAUGAUUUUAGAUGUCAAAACUAGGUGGAAUUCCACAUAUUAUAUGUUAAACCGAUUUUUAGAACUUGCUCCACAAAUCAGCAGCAUUAUUCUUUUAAAUGCAGAGGCACCAGUUAUGUUAAGUGGAGGUGAAUUAGAACAGUUGAAAGAAAUUCGAAGAUUACUUUACCCUUUGGAGCAAAUGACCAUUGAAAUUAGUGGUCAAAAAUAUGUGACUGUGAGUAAAAUCAUUCCGAUGGCAGCAUGUCUUUUCGAAAGAUACGAAAACGAAACACAAAACCUAACCUAUGAAAUUGGAAAAAUCAUAAAACGGAACUAA